AUGCCCUUCGAAAUAGUGACUUCAAACCCUCAACAUAUCAAAUCUAUUAAGAUUGAAUUGGAAGGUCGCAGCAGUUUUGUAAAACCUAUCACUAAGGAGGGAGAUCUCACAAUAAUUAAAACCACAAUCAAUGAUCCCAAUGACCCCCUGUUUGUGGAUAGUCGCUAUACAGCACGUGAGUACAAUGCAAGCCAGAGUGCUAAUUUGAAUUCCACUGGCCUUGUGGAAUAUGUUCAUGGAUUUUUAAAGGAGCAAGGUGUUGAUGAGGUGAAAGUUAAAGAAUUAUUGAAUACAAUGCCUCUGAGAUACACUAUAUAUCCUCCGCUGUUGCUAUUUAAUUAUUCAGUACAAAGAUCUUUCAAGCAUGCAACAUGGACGGCGUUUUUUGGUGCUUAUCGGGAAUCGAGUGACAAACUGUUCAAUGGCAUGUUAGAAACAGUUUUCAGCUCGAAUAAGCUUACCAAUGUCGCUAUCAAUAUGCCAAUCAUUGAAACGGAUAUACAAAGGAGACCUUUCAAUAUUCUUCCACUAUUCGGAGACUUGAUUGACAAAUCUGUGGAUUUAAACAAUGACAAACUUUGGGAGUCUCCUUCGAGUGAAGAUUUCUCGAAGACACUUUGGUGCCAUGUUGUACAGAAUGGAAUCGAUCAAUAUUGGGCACCGGCAUUUACCAUGUUUAGUCGUGGUAAUGUCAAAGAGAAGAAAAGAAUUUUGAGUGAAUAUGUCGAUAUAGAAGGUAAUGAUGUGGUAGACUUGUACGCUGGGAUUGGUUACUUUACGCUGAGCUACCUCAAACGCAAAGCCAGAAAUGUGUUUUGCUUUGAAUUGAAUCCAUGGUCAGUAGAAGGCCUGCGUAGAGGUAUCGCUAAAAACAAGUUUGCCGAUAGAGCGCAUGUCUACUGCGAGAACAAUGAAAACAGCAUCACGAGGAUUCUAGAAUACCGCGAGGAUUUAACGAUACGACACAUCAACCUCGGGUUACUUCCAAGCAGCAGGCCAGGAUGGAAACUUGCGCUGGAUAUCCUAUCGUUGCCGAACGUAAAUGCCAGCGUCGAAUCACCUUUGUUGUGCACACUUCAUGUGCACGAAAACAUCCACAUCGAGGAACUCAAUAACAGCAGUUUUGUCGAAAGGAUGCUGACUGAACUCACAGCGACACAGCCAACAUUCAGAUACACAGCGGCACAUGUAGAGAAGAUCAAAACGUUUGCACCAGAUGUUUGGCACGUCUGUAUCGACGUCGAAGUUCUUAGCCUCGACACGCAACUCAGUUGCUCAUAA